AUGGAUAAAGGGAAAGCUAAGAUGGUUGAAGAAGAGAUAGAAAAGGAGGAGGAAGAAGCUCCAAUGGAUGUUGAUGGUGAUGAAUCAAAACAGGGUAUUGAAGAGUUUGGAGUUCAGAGUAGUAAUCAAAGUGCAUUAGAUACAGUGAAUUCGUUGCAGAGUUCUUCACCAACUAUUAUCCAUGGACAGUGUGCUAUAAUUAUGUUUGAUGUUACUGCCCGUUUGACCUACAAGAAUGUCCCUACAUGGCACAGAGAUCUCAGCAGGGUCUGUGAAAAUAUCCCUAUUAUUCUUUGUGGAAACAAGGUUGAUGUCAGGAACAGGCAAGUGAAAGCAAAGAAAGUUACUUUCCACAGGAAGAAGAAUCUGCAAUACUAUGAGAUUUAUGCAAAGAGUAACUACAACUUCCAGAAGCCUUUCUUGUGUCUCGCCAGGAAGCUUGCUGGGAAAGGAACUGCAACCUCAGAUGAUGCAAACCCAAGGAAACGCAAGCCUAGUAUACCUUGUGUUAUCAUGUUCGGUGACAAGUCUUUGAAGAUAAGUAGUGAUAAAGGAGAAAGAAUAAACUUGUUCCAAAGAAGAGUUUCUCCAUGCACAGAUGCAAGCAGUCACAAAGGCAACACUGAGAAUACGGCUUCGUCGGCAACUCUUGCUCAGGAUCGUGCUCCUUUGCCUCCACUAGGGAAGUCGAGGUUCAGUCAUGAGUUAUCAUCUUCGUCUCCUAAGCCAACUUCUUGUGCAUCUUUCCCUAGGAAUUUGUUCUCGGAUUCACUUAGAGCAGCUGGUGCUGGAAAACGGAAUAGUAGGCUUGACAACUCUUGUACAGGGGAAAAUGUUUCUGGAUAUAGGAUAAGUGGUGAUAUAGGAUACAAAACUAACCGGUUCAGCAGAAGAGCACCUCCAAGCAGAGAUGCAAGCAGUCCCAAAGGCAACACUGAGAAUACCGCUUCGUCAGCAUCUCUUGCUCAGGAUCGUGCACCUUUGCCUCCACCAGAGAAGUCAAGGUUCAGUGAGUGUUCUUCUUCGGCAGCACUUUCCAGAGCAGAUGCAAGCAAUUGCGAAGGCGACAACGAGAUUUCGGCUUCAUCAGAAUCUGUACCUUAUCUCAGAGCACCACCAAGAGUUUUCACCAUCAGAAAAUUGAGCAGCUACGAUCUAAAUCGACAUGUACAAAAGUUGGUGCUAACUCAGGCCUUUGCAGUAAAAAUUCAAAGUCUUCUGCUUCCUUAUGAAAACAGUGAGCAAGGGGUGUUGGGAACCAUUUUUUGUCAGCAUUCUCAAAGGUACAGCAUAAUCUUUAAAAGCUACAACGGCGACUAUUUCCUCUUUAAGGGUUGGGGUAACUUCAGGCGAGAUAGUACAUGGUUGAAGGAUGGGAUGAGUAUCAGAAUAAGCGUUUUUCGUGAUACUGGGGUUCUGUGUUUCCUGGUGGAACCAGCUUAGAAGCAGAAGAAUUUUAGUCCAGGAGCUUAGAAGAAGAAGAAAGGGGUAUUGCAGUGUGGGUUUUGAAUUAUGUACGAUUUAGGAACCAAGAUAGAAAAUUGGGAUAAUUUGCGUUACCUCCUCCUACAGAAAUUACAUUAGCAAGACCUCUCUUCAUUAAUAUUUCCGUCAACUUUUCUGGUAGCUGAGGUGGCAAUGGUGAAUACGUGUAAAAUUAUACACGUGGAAAAAAUAAUACCCAUUAUACCUUCAUCUUCCUCGACUAAAUUUCACCCGGAACCGUCAAAUCCUUUUGGAAAAACCAAUUUCACCUCGCAUCUAAAAACCAACUACUAAAGUAAUGAAACUACGAUUUUAAAUCUCUAGCUUCACUGAUUCACACUGUUAAACAUGACUUAUAAAACGAGAAGAAAAUCAUCAACUCAUUCACUGGGCACAAUUUUUAAUGGCGGCUAAAAAUGGACGGGAUCAGCAAGAAGUAUAAUUUUUAGCAGGUAAUAUUCAUCUUGGUGGAAAAGAGUUUUGGCGUUUUGGGAUGUAAAACAAAGUGAAAUGAACAAACCCAUUACACUGUAUCGGUUGUUAAUGGUAGUGAAAAGUUUCUAAUGGCAGACCACCUAAUUGCCAUUAGCUACUGUCUUAUAAAGAUGAUUUGGGCUUUC